AAAGGAAACGUCACCAGGUCCGUCAGUGAGCGAGAGAAAGGGAACAAGAUGGCCGAGGCCGUGCCCGACACCAGGCGAUUGUUGGCCAAGCCCCAGAACCUCAACGAUGCCUACGGGCCGCCCAGCAACUUCCUGGAGAUUGACGUGGGCACCCCGCAGACGGUCGGGGUGGGCAGGCAGCGCUACACGACCUACGAGGUCCGGAUAAAGACUAAUCUACCAAUAUUCAAAUUGAAGGAAUCUUCUGUGAGAAGAAGAUACAGCGAUUUUGAAUGGCUGAGAAAUGAGCUUGAAAGGGAAAGCAAGGUUGUGGUGCCGCCACUGCCUGGCAAAGCACUAUUUCGUCAGCUACCUUUCAGAGGGGAUGAUGGCAUAUUCGAUGACAAUUUUAUAGAAGAAAGAAGACAAGGACUUGAACAAUUUAUUAACAAAGUGGCUGGACAUCCCUUGGCACAAAAUGAGCGCUGCCUUCAUAUGUUCCUACAAGAGGAAAUCAUAGACAAAAACUACACACCAGCAAAAGUGAAACAUGCACAAACAGUGUGAAAGGACUAAAACACUGAUCUGUCAAAGAAAUCCUUCCAUACCAAUUGAGAUUGCUGGUUUUUGUUAAUCCUCAGUACAUCUUUCUGCUUACUGAUGUUUCUGAAAACAGAACUUCAUCUCAGGUGCAGAUCAUGAGCAAGAAAGAUCUGCAUUCGGGAUUAGAGCUGGCUACUAUAAUUUGGCUUUGUAUAACACUUUAUUGCUUUAUUCAUACUGAAGCCUUAAAUUGAGUAAAGUAUGCUGAUGUAAUUGUUUGUGCCUAAAUGUUACAUUUGACAGAAUUGUCAGGUGAACCUUUGGCAUAAGUGCAGCAUUUCCAACAAUUUUAGCUGAUGCUUCAUCAGUUAUGAAAGAAUAUUUUUAUAAUGCAUGUGCUUUGUAAUUUAAAAUUCCUAGCUAAAGUCUGUCCAUAUUUGGCAAGUUUUGUUCUUUGAGUGCAUGGUAAAUGAAUGGAGAGAUUCAGUCUUCCUGGAGGCAACCUAUAGCCAAAAUGAACUUUUUGAAUUUCAGUAAUGUUACCUCAAACUGUUGCCAAGUCAAACUACUACCAUGUACCUCCCUUUCCCUCAGCUAUAACCUUUAUCCGUACACUGUAUUUGUAACUUUUUGGCUCUCUUAGUAAGAGUGGAGACUAUUUCAGAUGCUUCCUUUUCAAGUUUUUGUAUUAACUCUUAUAUCCAAGUCUCUGCCUUUUGAAUUUAUCAAACACUAAGACCAAGCCUCCUGCAAAGUUGAAAUGUUUUCAAAUAAAAAAAUACAAAUGUUGAAUCGUAUUUAACUUGUGCACAUGGUAUUAUGCUUUGUAAUCUUUUUCUUUUGGUUUGUUAGAAACAAUAUAGAUGCGCUUUGCUGCUUCAUAUUUUGAUGUGCAUCAGUGUUAAUGGAAGAGCAGCAGAGUUCAAAUUCCGGCCAAUAUCUUCUGGUGUAAUUGAUUUACCAGUCACCAGUUACGUGAAAUAUUGCUGUAUUCUGGUUGGCUGCUUUGUCUUGAUUAACUGCACUUGAGACUGUAAUGGGACAUUAAACAUGUAUUGAUAACUGA